ACAGUCCGUCGUGGUGCCUGGCCUCAGCCAAGGACUGAAAAAAACCACAACACCGAGAUUAAGAUCGUCAGCCCUAUCAGCGCAUCUCCAAGGUCAGACGGAAUCAGCCAAGCAGACAAGAUGAUUCGGCAAGCACGACUCUUCUCAAGACCCUCGUCAUGGGCACAAUCGGCUUCCUGGCGGUGCCACAGCUCAUCCCAGCUGACGAGGGCCUCAUUCUCAUCUCGCGCUUCCUCAGCUGCACCACAACACAUCCAGAUCUCAUCAACAACAUCACAGCAACGUGCAGUGAGGCACAGGGCCUCCACGCUCCUACGUCAGAGCCCCUCAGCCCGCCGCGCCUUUCAUUACAACCCUCAGCCAUACCAGCCACAUCCUCAGCCCGGCAAGUCAUGGCUCAAGGUCCUCCGCGACAUGGCCCUGGGCUCGCUGCUCACCAUCGUUCUCUCCACGGCAUAUGACUACUACGAGGAGCGGCAGUACAUGCAAAAGUACAAGGCCGAGGAGGAGUGGGCCGAGGACCUGCGCGUGCAGCUCGCGCGUGAGUUUGAUGAGGCCCGGAGCACGCCCGUCGACGACUCCGACGCGGGUGCGGCCAACCGCGACUUUGAGCGCCAACGCAAGCUACGGGAGCUGACGUUUGCCCUGCCGCCCCGCGUCGCAGGCGAGCGAGCCGCCGAGGAGGCUGGCUGGCUUCCCGGAUUCCCGUACGGGGACGAACUGCACGGCAAGGAACGCGUGCCUGCCGAGGAGACCAAGAUGUACAUCACCAAGGACGACUACGGCGGCAUUUCGUCGGUGCUGAUUGCCGUCAACGUCGACGUCGACCAGCAACAGGACGCGCCAAGCGCGGACCACGCCUACUACACACCCCCAACCUUUGCUCCGGCUGUAGACAGUGGGCUGGACGAGCGAAGAGUGCGGCCGUCGGAGUGGGAGGACGCUGGAGGCACCGUCCUGGGCGAGCUCGUGGCGCGCGUGCGCAUGCAGAAGGACCUCUGGAAACGGCAAGGGCGACUGUCACAGGUUGAGGAGGACUAUCUGCUCGUUGUGCUGUACCUGAGGAAUCGCACAUGGAUGUUCCUGCUUGACAGGGGCGAGGUGCAGCCGUUGAGCGGGAUCGUGAACAUCCUCAAGUGAGCGGCAGGUUUCAACAACCAGUGCGGCUCGUAGGGGAAAGGGACAGCGGUCGGGCGAUGAUCAUCUUGAGGCGGAGUUGUGGCAUGGAUCGUGAUCGAGAUACCUCUGUAUAGACUGCGUGUACUUUGUAUAUUCUGUAUUCUGAUAGACCAGCGAGAUGCAGCUCCAGGUGCAAAGGCGGGCAGGACUCAAAAUCAAGAACAAUGAGCAAGAUACCACCAAGCAUUCAACGUUUGACACAAGCGGGAGCACAGCGUCUCUUCGACAAAAUGCCAGGAUGCUCACGUGACAGCGAUCAUUCUCUGAGCUGAGGCAGGGACAAUCAAC